AACAAGCUUUAUUCGUGUUCAGAGCAACUAAAGGAAACCAGCCACAUUUAUAUACAUAGUAAUUCUUAAAGUUCAAUAUUGUUACAUUUUGCAGCUAAUUAAAAUUCACCACUAUAUAAAUAACAAAUUUUUUAUAAUAACGAGUGAAUAAUGGCCAAAAGACAUGUACAAAUGUAGCCAGUAUUGUGACCAAAAACUAAGAUGAUUGGCUACAAAAGUAUUAUGACCGCAUUAUUUGCGAUCAUAACAGUAGCUCCUUCAGUACCUGCUCCUCAACAAAACUUAAACGCUCAGAAAAACAUUGAAGAAAUAUUUAACACUAAAAUUAACAGUCUUGCGUCACAAAUCAGCGGAAUUGGAUUAGUCGUUACACCUUUAGAUGACAUAGGUACACAAAAAAACUUUAACUCAAUUAGUGGCAAAAGUACAGCUUGCAAUUGUGUACCUUAUUAUAUGUGCGACCCGUCAACGAAUAGUGUGACUGAGGAUGGGUCAUUUGAUGGAUUUGGUGUGAUUGAUAUUCGUUUUAACGCCGAUGAUCCGGUAUGUCCUGCAUCUGUAGACGUGUGUUGUGCGGAUAAUAAGACGCGUAAUGUAACCCUAAAUCCCACACCUUUAAAUCAAAGACAAAACCAAACACGAGGCUGCGGUGUUCGCAACACAGGUGGUUUAGAUUUUGUUCUUUCUGGAGUGACGCAAAAUGAAGCUGGGUUUGGCGAGUUUCCAUGGACAGUAGCUUUAUUACACUUCGGAAACCAAAGCUAUUUCUGUGCUGGAUCACUAAUACAUCAAAAAGUGGUUUUGACUGCGGUACACUGUGUUGAAGCGCAUGGACCAGGAACAUUUAUUGUCCGUGCAGGAGAGUGGGAUACACAAACAACGAAAGAGCGUCUACCCUAUCAAGAAAGAACAGUGCAAACGGUUAUUAAGCAUCCACAAUACAAGAGCAGAAACAUAGCUAAUGAUUUUGCUCUUAUAGUUUUAAGUGAGAGCUUUGUUUUGGAUGAUCACAUUAAUGUCAUAUGUUUACCAAAACAAGAAGCUAUUCCAGAACCCUCUACCACAUGUUUUUCCACAGGCUGGGGAAAGGAUGUUUUCGGUUCUUUUGGAAAGUAUAGUGUCAUAAUGAAACGUGUGCCCUUGCCUAUUGUCGCAUUUAAUGCUUGUCAAUCGCGGCUCAGAAGUACUCGACUUGGACCCAAAUUUACCUUGGAUAGGUCAUUUAUAUGCGCAGGUGGGCAGCGGGGAAUUGAUACAUGCCAAGGUGACGGUGGAGCUCCAUUAGCGUGUCCAAUCGGGAUUACAUCAGAAAACCGAUAUCAGCAGAGUGGUACAGUUGCAUGGGGAAUUGGUUGCAAUGAUGAAGUGCCAGCAGCUUAUGCCAAUGUAGCUUUGGCACGAGAUUGGAUUGACCAGCAAAUGUUAGCCAAUGGCUUCGGAACGGAUGCUUACACUGCUUAAAUGGUGAUUCCAGAAGAUAAACAAAUUUUAACUAAAAUAUUUAAAUAUUUUUACUUACAAAUACAUUAUUUUUAUAUACGAUACUUAUAAAUCGAUUGAAUAAACUAUAUAUUUUAUAAACAAAGCCAA